CAUCAUUCACUUUUUUCACUUUAUUUAAUUAUAUCCCUCACUUGCAUUAUUCAUUUCAUAUUAUCCUUCAUUCUUCAUCCAAAAAUGCCAUACGAGCCAACGCCCGACAACAUCCUGCACAAGCUUCUCCAUGACCGGUUCUACUCGUCAAAAAUAUGCGGCGAGCGGGCAAUAUUGUCUCUCGCACUACAGAGGUUUACGGACAUCAAGAGGCAGCGACAGGACGCAACGAUGCGCGAGGAGGAAAUCAGCCGCGACAUCGACCUCACCGAGUCGCAAAUUCGCACACUCGGGGGCUCCUUUGACAGAUACAUGCAGGGCUUGGCCAGAUACAACCCCGAUGAUGCGCGCGUAAUGGGGAUUCUAAGCGACAAGCUGGUGGCCCAGGAAGCCAGGCUUCGCGGUGUUAGGAGAGAGCUGGCAGAGUCUGAGCAGCGAUUUGUACACAUCAUAACAACAUGGGCAACGUCAAAGUUUUGAGAAAGAAAA